GCGAGUGGGAAUUCAUAUGCGCUCCGGCGAACAGUGAGUGACGCGGGGUUACCAGGCAAAAACAAACGUGGGAUGGAGUCAAAGUAACCUCCACCGGCACCAGAGGAACUGCGUGGAAAUCGUUGAAGGAAUAUGCCUGGCCUAAGAAACCGGUCUACCUGGGCACCUCUGCUCCUGAAAGCAUCCUGCAUCAAGUCCUGUGCCAAUGGCUGCUCCCUGGGUAUCACUGCCCACCUCACCUAUGCCAACAUAGACCCCGAGCCUGUGGAGGGUGUGUUUGUGUACCCGCUGGCUGAGAGGGAGGUGGUGGUGGGCUUUGAGGCGGUGAUCGCCGGCCGGAUCGUCAGCGUUCAGAUCCAAAGCCGGGGCAAGCUGGAGGACUGCUGCCUGGACUGCUGCCCCACCUCAGCCUUAGACACCCAGUGCACCAAUGGCAAGGACUGGUGCUGCUGUGGCAACUCAGGGCAGGACCUGCAGUGCACCAAUGGACACCUGGUUCUGGAUGAAGACCUGGAGAGAGGCACCUUCAUUGUCAGCACAGGACUCAUUGGGUCCAUGGAGAUCGUGUCUGUCAUCAUAAACACUACUCAGGAAUUACCUACCCUUGAGAAUGGAGCGGUCCGUCUCGUGUUCCCCACAGUCCUCACGCCCAUAGUGAGGGCACGGAUGGUGCCAAGCAAGACUGAAAAUGGGCUACGUUCAGAUGAAAAUGGUUCAACCAGCUGUUUUGGUGCUGGUCCUGGCAAAGCAGACCGGCUGCUGGGGUCCAGUCAGCAGUGUGUGCACACCAUCUUCACCAGCCCUGCCACCAACCUCUCGCCCUACGAGUUCAGCUUCCAGCUGCUGGUCAGAGGCGCUUGUCUACUGGCAGGCCUGGAGAGCCCCACCCACCCGAUGCGAGCCGACGCCGACCCCAGUGCCCAGUCCGCCUCCGUCACCUGCAUCACACUGGCCGAGGAACAUCCCUACGAUCGACACCUGGAGGUCAUCCUCCACCUGAGCGAACCUCGCAGCCCAUUGGUCAUCCUGGAAAGGGGACGGCUCACUUUUAGCCAAUACGAAGAGCAGAUCAGCGCCCGCCGUGAUUUCAUUCGAUGUGCUCGCAAGGAUCCUGAGUCAGAGAAAAAGCUGGAGUUUGUGCGGAAGCGUUACCAUAAGGACAUUCUGUGCAGCCCGGUCCUGAUGCUGAACUUCUGCCCAGACCUGCUGGCGGAGCCUCCUCAGCUGCAGCGGGCCUCCAGGGAGCUGCUCUUCCUCAUCGACCGCAGCGGCAGCAUGAGCGACCACAACAUCAGCAAGAUCAAGGCAAUCCCACUCUUCAGCCUCAUGCUGCUCAGAACAGCUCAUUUCUUUUGUUUUCUUUUUGUUCUUUCUUUCUUUGUUUCUAACUUUCUGUCUGUCUUUUUUCCCCUCAUCUUCUUUAUUUCCCUCUUCCUCCUCCCAUCUUCUCAUCUUCUGCCUUCUUCUUGUCCUCCUUCCACUCAUGAUGUUUUCAUCCCCCCUCAACUGGAACCCUGCACACACCCCUGUCCCAGUCUCCACUCCCAUCCGAGACACAUGGGACGGACACUGACAGUGUCUCUCUGUCCUGCUGCUUUUUCUCAAUCACAGGAAGGGUUGCUGGUGGCCAUUAAAAGUGUUCCUCCAGGGACGAUGCUCAACAUCAUCGGCUUCGGCUCCACUGUCAAGACACUAUUCACAACCAGCAAGCCCUGUGCCGAUGUCAGUUUAACCCUCAACACAUACACACAGCACACAGCCACACUGGCCCAGGCCUGCGAGUACCUGCAGAAGAUGCGUGCCAACAUGGGGGGCACCAACCUGCUGGCUGCCCUGGCGUGGGUGUACCAGCAGCCUGCACACCGCAGCAGCCCACGCCAGCUCUUCAUCCUCACCGACGGCUCUGUCAGCAACGUGGGCAAAGUGCUGGAGCUGGUGCGCAGGAACACCUGCUCAGCCAGGUGCUUCAGUCUGGGCCUGGGCCCACGAGCCUGUAGAAGGCUUCUCAAGGGGGUCGCCACGGUGACUGGUGGCAGCGCAGAGUUCUUGAGUGAGGAGGAGAGGCUGCAACCUAAGCUUAUUAAAUCUCUGAAGAAAGCCCUUGAGCCUGUCCUGACUGAUGUGCGCAUUGACUGGUAUGUGCCAGACAAUAUGGAGGCCCUUCUUUCACCCAAUGAAAUCCCGCCACUCUACCCUGGUAGUCGUCUGAUUGGCUACUGCACUUUGUACGAUGUGGCGGCAUUCCAAAGCAGGAAGAAUGAGGUCAAAGGGCGGUCCUAUAGAGGCAUGUCUCGGGGUUCUCUGGGCUCUGUGUUUGGCCAGGUCCAGGACGAGCUGUCCAACCCAUCCGAGCUCCUGCAGCAACUCCUGGUGCUACCGGGGGAGGAGGGGGAGGACCUGGAGGAAGCCCUUAGAGAGAUCUCCAGAGAAAUCUCCUCCGAGUUCUCCUGUGCCAAAGCCUCAGACACUGACAACAACAGCACAGAACAGAUGUAUGACUGUAAGAAGAGAGUGAGUAGAAUCAGAGGGGGCGUGGCAGGAGCAGGGCUCAGUGCUGGCGUGACAUUGAGCUUGUACAAAAAGCAGCUGCCAGAGUUCUUACGAAAAACCAAAGGAAUUGACCAUAUUACUCCAAUAAUUAAGUCCUUACACUGGUUUCCAGUAAGUCACAAAAUGGGACAGGACCAAAUUCCCUCUCAAAUAUGUAGCUGUAUCUCAGCAGUAUACACCUGCUCGAUCUCUCAGAUCACUUGGGGGAAAUCUGUUGUCGUAGACCUGGGGUCUUACAGUGAUGUGCGGCAGCGGAUCGAGGGGGCAUCUUAUGUGCAGGACCAGUAUGUUCUGACCCGCUGCUCCAUCAGCAGCGACCGUGGCCUCCUCUCGGGUUCCCCUGCCUCAGACUGGACUGUCCCGGGCCUGGACACGGGCUCCCUGCCUCAGGGCCUGGAGAAAGUGGCCCCUCCAGAACCACGGGGUCUCUCACGCUGGGAGUUCCCCUGGCAACACACAGUGCCCUCAGAGAACACCAACACCAGCCCUGAGAAGGCUGGCAGGCUGGCAGACAAAGAGGAGAGUCAUCGCAGGCAGAAGGCGCUUGCCCGCUGUGCCAUGUCUGCGCGCAGUUUCUCAUCUCCGCAGGGUGACCUGGACAUGCACAGGCUGCGGCGUGCACUGGAGAAGGUCUCCUUCGACCAGGCGGUGGGUGGGCGGCUGGAGGAGAGCGACAGCGAGACGCAUCCCAGCUCCGGAGGAGCCCUUUCACGCAGGAGCCUGACCGACUCCAACGGCCUGCUUUUCCCAGCCUCCCCUCUGGACUGGGACGGCUUCACUGACCUGGAGUGCCUUUUUGCAGCCGCGCCACCAGACGAGCCCCAGGCUCUGCAGGCCCGCUCCCUCAUCCAUGGCUUGCUGGGAGGGCGGCCCGUGUCCUGGGAGGUGUCUGUGGACCUGAGUCCCCUCUGGGCCCCUCAGAGCCCCACGCCCAUAGCCGACCCCUGGGGAGAGAUGGUGCAUCAGCUGGCCGCUCGCUCUGUGAUCCGAGACUUUGAAAACCUGACAGAAAAGGAGUCUGAUAUUGAGCAUGGUCCAGCGAAGAGGUACAGGAUGAAGGCUAUCCAGACCAGCAAGAGCUGCAACAUCAUCUGCAUGUACACCUCCUUCACCGCUACUGACUCCAGCACCAGCACCAGCAAGGGUCUCAAGGAUGGAACAGAACCCCUCAGCUCAGCAGGGUUACGUUUGGGGACGAGGCACAGCUCCCACACGGGGAGCAGGAGGCAGAGGUCCUACUCUGUGGGUCUGGGGCGCAGGCCCUCCAGCCGGGACAGUGAGGAGUUAGAGGACACCUUCCCCUCCACAGACAGAGAUGACACCCCUACCUCCCCCUGCAGCCUCACCUCCUGGGACAGCAGUACAGGCCCCAGUGCGCACCCCGCCAGCCCCUCUGCCACCUCGACCCGCUCCCAGCGCUCCAUAGAGAGCAGGUCUGUAGAGAGCUUCUUCGGCUCCAGGUUUAAUUUGGGGAGGCUGAUGUCCACAAACGCCUCAGGAAGACAGGCAGCCCUGAAGCCCCACUGUCUUUCUGCGGAGGCAGAGAAGCACACAGAGACUCACACUCCCAGCUACCUGCCUCUGGUGCAUCUGCAGUUGGCUUCCGGAGCCUUCCGUCUGAACGAGUCUUACUCCGAGUGCAUCCAGAUCCCUCUGGAGCGUCUGAAGAGGGCGUCCCCAUACACCCGUCAUCGUAGCAGCCUGAGCCCCCCCAUCCGCUGCAUCUCUCCCCCAGCCAAUCAGGAGGGGGGCCCAGCCCCAGCCCCAGCCCCAGCCCAAGCCCCAGGCCCUGCCAGGGGGUCUGCUAGGCCCAGCAUGGGGCGCUGCCUUGAACCUGACACCGUCCUCUCCGACCCCAUUAGCUCAGAGGAGGGUGGGGUUCCCCAGGCAGAUAGCGGCCGUGGUUCGGAGACAGACAUGUGCGAGGGAUCCCCUCUGGAGCCUGCUGAUCUGCCAGGGGAUCCUACACUGGUCCAGCUGGACCUGGAGAGCCUGAGCUGGGCCACGGCGGUGGCCUUGGCCUGGCUUGAGCACCGCUGCGCCGGCUACUUUGUUGAGUGGGAGCUGAUCGCUGCUAAGGCGGAUUUCUGGCUGCGCAGUCAGACACUGCCCGAGGGCUUGGACCUAGCGGGGCUGAAGGCAGCCGCACGGCAGCUGUUCUUGCUGCUGCGCCACUGGGACGAGAAUAUCCAGCUCAACAUGCUCUGCUACAACCCCAAAAACAUGUGAUUCAUGCUACGCUAGUGCUGCAACCUCAAUAACAUGUGAUUUAUGCUACGCUACUGCUGCAACCCAAACAUGUCAUAAUGUUACAAUAUAACCCCAAUAUGUAUUUCCAGCUACACCACUGCAAAGACCCAACAACCUGUCAUUCAAGCUAUGCUACAACCCAAGAACUUAUGCUUCACGCUUGUGCUCUUAUAACUGCAUUACAAAUCUAUGCCUUCAUUUGUUCCAAAUCAAUGCAAUUUUAAGUUUUUAAGUGUUUCCUUGCUUUUCUAACUGGCAGAUUGAAAUGUACCUGAUAUUAUUUAAUUUUCCACUUUUCACCUUUACAAGGCCUAAUUGCUGUUACAAACUGAUAAUCAAUCUAGAUCACAUUAGAUCUGAUAACUGCCAAAAAGGAAACACUUCUUCAUUAUGUCUAUUUCAUAUGACACCAAUUUACAGUUCUAAAGGUGACACACACAGUUAAUGCAUACAAACUCAUCUGGAUUUACAAUUUAAACCAGAUUUUAUGUAUAUCUUAAUUGCUUGAUGAAUGUUUCAUACAGAUUCAUAACAUUUUUCUUCAGCUUGUGUUUC